GGGGGUGCUUCUGUCGUUUCUCGCCUUCCUGCAUGGUCGCUACAUACUGCCGCGACUAGCCAGCCGAGAGGGUUGUCCGGUUUUUCUUCCAUUUUCUCAAUUCUACUCGUGUUUUUUCUCUCUCAGCCUUGCUGUCUUACUUGCCCUUCCGUUUGCUUCAUGUGGUGAGCUUUCUCUCCCCGCACCGGCCUCCUUUGUUAAAUUUCCUUCGCUCCCUCAUCGCCCGUGUCUUGCCGCUGUGUGUCUUUCGCCGGUUCACCUGCAACUCUCUACCCCUCCUCGUCCGUCUUCGCUUCCUUCCUUUCUCUCUUUCUUCUCCUCUCUUUUCCCCAUCCUGGAACCUUGCGGGUGGGCUGCGUGUCUCUCCUCUCGGCUUGCACCUAUUCAGACUCGCUCUCGAAAAUAUGGCGAAAGUCCGAGUGGACGCUCGCGAGCACUUGGCGCGCGCUUUUGCUUCUGCCUCACCCGUCUCCAACGCUGAAUUUGAACAGACAGCGGACCUGGAAGAGAACGGAGAAAACGACGAGAGCGGCGCCGCCAUUGGAUUUCCCCGAAAAUGCAACGCAACGGCCACCUGGAUCGUCUCCACGCUCAUCGGCCUCUUCUUCCUGUUCGUCCUCCAUCGGCGUCAUCGCCUUACCUUCGAGUGGCCCUACGAAAAACAACAAAUUUCUGCCUAUUCUGAAGGAUCCUUCUACUACUCGUUCUUUAACGACGUUGUCGCCGCACCCACCUGGCAAGCCGGCGUCCACGCGAUUCUACGAGACGAGAGGUCGGAGCAUCCAGACGUUGUGAACGCUCUCCGUCGCUUUAAUGUCUACCAAGAGCUUUUGGUCGGACUGCUCUACCGCGGGGUCCGCCACCUUCUCGGGGACGUGUGGCUAGCUGAGUACGUCGCUCGCACGCCCUUCAACUUUUACACUGCAUGCGUUUUUCUUCUCCAGGCUCUCGGCGUCGCCGUGCUCGCUGCCCUCGCGGCCGUAGCAGGGGGUAGCGCAUUUUGUGCCUUGGCUUGUUUCGGAUUCUUCUUCGCGAACUACUACCACCGUCUCAUCAUUCGCGUUCAAGCCGUCCCCCUGCGAGAGAACUGGGCGCUGCCCUUUCUGUGGAUCAACAUCACCGCCAUCGCUCUGCUUCUGCAAACGCAUGCGCGCCUCCAGCGGGCGACGCUGAGGCUCUGGGCAGCGGACAAAGAUUCAGCUUCGAGUCUGCGAGCACACAGGUUUCUCGAGGCGCUUCGCCAGACAGAGAAGAAAUUGCUCGCGGUUGUGUUUCUGUCGACGCUCUGCCUCCUGGUCUCGUGGCAGUUCGGAGUCUUCGUCAUCACAACUCAGGUGGCAGCCUUGUUUGCAGUGCUCCUCGUGGGCUUCCCUUGUGAGCGCGUUCUGCGACGCAUUCUCUUGGUUCUCUCUGCCGCUUUUGUGAGCACCCUUCUUCUCCAUUUCUUCCCGAGGUACUUGCUUCUCUCCUUUCUUCCCCACACGCUGCUCGCCGUUCUCGCCGUUCUGCAUGUCUGGCCGGUCUCCCGCCUGCUCAUGCGUCAAACGGCGGAACAGGGAGAGGCGAGAGGCGUCGCUCUUCGACUCUUUCCGAGAAACGUCCUCAGAGGGUUUCUGGCGGUGUCGAUUUGCUUCCUCGUUCGCCUGUCUCUGCGAAGCUUCGAGAAAGACGACUCUCACGUCUUCCAGCUUUUGCUGCACAAGCUCGGACUUGCGACCAGCUCGUUCGACACCAGCAUCUACCUCAUGGGCGGAACGGAGUUCGACUUCUUCUCUCUGUACUUCUUCAACCUCAUUGCUCCGUCGCGUCUCUUCCUCUUUGCCAGCGUUUCGCUUCUCCUUUUCCUUCUUCUCUCUACUGACCAACUGCUCUUCUUGAACCGCCUCUGCCGCCUAUCGCCCGGUCUCUACGCAGCUCUCUCGGAAGAGUCUCUGAGUCUGAAGAGAGAACCGCUACUCGGGCAGGAAGAACAUCGAGCGAAGGCAGAGAAGGCGCGACGGAAAGACGCCGCACCGAGCACCCAACACUGUGCGGCUGACACACGAGUCUCUUCUGCGGACGACUCGAAGCUGCGACAAAGAAAACCGGUCGGGACCAACGAAAGAGAAGAGUCGCCGCCACCGGCAGUUGAGUCCUCCGACUCUGUCGGGGAGAAGCGGAGAAGAGCGGAGGCGAGGCUGCGUGCUCAGAUGGAAGACCAAUUGGUGUCUGCCGUUUUUCUGAUGCCCGACCUCUUCUACCUCUCUGUUCAGGCGAUCUUCUUCGUGGUUCUGAUGCUUCUCAUCGCUCGGCUUCGAGUGCUCGCUCUCCCGCUUCUCUGCGUCUUGGCGGCGGCAGUCGCGUCGCCUUCGCUCUGGCGCUCGGUUGCAUGCACGCUGGCGGCCUCGCUGAAUCUGCCCAUUCUGGCGUCGAUCAGCAGUCGAUUGACCGGUGGCCGCCGCUGUCGCUCGCGGUUCGUCUUCCUCGUACAUGUUUUGCUUUUUGCUGGCUUCUCCGCUCUGCCCUUUUACCUUAAACUCCCGCUGGAGGAAAUGAUCGUCGCAGAACCCUCGACAGAGAACGCUGCAAACCAAAGCAGACUGUCUCUCAUCAACUGGCUAAAAACCAACGUUCCGCCGGACGCCGCGAUCCUCGGAGACAUGCCCUCGUCCUCCACUCUGCGUGCAGCGACGCAGCUGCGUCUUGUCAUUCACCCUCAAUUCGAACAAGCUGAAAUGAGGAAGCGAGUGCAGUUUCUCUAUGGCGCCUCUGCGUGCCCCCCCGAGGAGCUGUACGCUUCGUUGAUGCAACGCGUCUACGAAACGGACUACCUUCUCAUCAACAACUUCCGCUGUGCAGCCGCAAAGCAGAACAAAGUGACUGUUUUUGGCGUGGCGGAUCUCGUCGAGGAAAAGAGUUUUCCCUGCCCCCGAGCUGUGGAGUCUUUCUCGCGUUUCUGCUUCAAAACGCAACUCAGUUCAGCGUCUUUCGAUCUCCUCUACCGCAAUGGCGUGUACGCCGUUCUGAAGGUGAAAGAACCGCGGGGGACUCGCGCAGAAGGAAAAGCGGCAACGCGUUCACAGAGCGACCGGAAAGAAGCGGAAAAACAGCUCAAGGAGUCUUUGAGAGUUCUGGACAUCCAGAAGAAAAACGAAGCGUACCUUUCCUUCGACUGGAAGUCCAAGGUGUCCACACUCGAGGCGCUCGACCCCUGGAUUCAACGCUGCAUCACAGACGACGAGAGAUGCGGUCGAAACAUGCAAGAGUUUGCUCAAGAGCUGAUGGAUCUGUACGGCCUAAAGGUGACAAGCCGCCUCCUGCAGGAGAAGUCUGUGUCUCUUUUUCCAGACCAUUCCGACGUUCUGUUCGGUCAUGGCGUCUUCCUCGACUUCGACAUGGGCAACUCGAAAGACGCAGCAACCUACUACGAGCGAGGUGCAGACAAGGAUCCGCUGAGUGUCGCGAAGACAGUUCAGUUUCUGCUCUUCCUCGACCAAGCCAUCGGGCGAAGUCGUGCGGUGGAAAGCGUGAAUCGUCUUCUUCACUUGGAAGACAUUCUCGAAAAGAAGACGAAUGCGGAGCUUCUGGAUGACGCUACCAACCUCUGCAAAGCGGCCCUGCUGCUCAAACAGCUGGUGGACACGCAAGUUAAACAAGGAGCCUCGAGAGACACCCCACACGCAAUUCAAGAGCAAGAGCGCGUCAUGCAGCGUAUCUGGGACAGGAGCAAAGAGCUGAACAUCCAGAAUGAGUGCGUCGUCGAGGGCUGGGCGUACUUUGAGAAUUCGCGCCUGACGACAGCCCGGCGCAUUCAACAUUUUUUCUUCGGAGAAAGCCGUUUUCUCUCUCGUGUCAUUCGCGCUGUCUCGCUCUUCAUCAAUACCCUCCUUCUUUCCUAGUUAAUCUUCCUUCUCCGGGAAAAAAGAUCCUCGCUUUUCCCCAUACUCGCUCGCUGUUUCCUAACUGAUCUUCUCGCCGCUUCCUUCACCGUAUGUUUGUUCCUUUUUACCCUCGUGGUGUCUUCCUGUUUGAAACAGAAGUCUUUUGUCCCAGACAGUCGCUGCGUGGAGAACUUGCGGGAGGAGAAACCGAAGCAACGGGAUGUUCGAUCCGCUGGAAUCGGUAGAUUCCUUUCUUGAACUCGAGUCGCAGAGUUGUGAAGCAACGAGUCACCUCCAGGCUGGACUUUGCUUUUCGCUAUAACUUCCGCGGUAGCAUUGCCGCCUUCGUCGCACUCUUCUCGUUUUCCUUGUGGGCGACGGAAAGAAGCUGACAGUCUUCCUCUUUGCGGGGGUCAAACGCGAGGCAGAUCGUUCGCAUUCCUUUUCUCUCUUUCGUCGUUGGAGAAGCCCGAUCGUUUGUGGAGGUGUUUGAUGCACAGACUUCUCUUGUGAAUUCCGCUCUCUUACAAGAUCCAAUAUCGGAGUCGGGAGCUGGAGGCCUGUGCGUGCGACUCCAGCAUUCUUCGGUCUCCCCCUUUCUUGACUUUACUCUCUGUCUCUCUGUAUCGUGUUUUUUCCUGCCUGUGCAAGUCUAGAAGGACACUCAGGAUUCAGGCGUUUUACGAACUUGAAUUUCUCUCGCAAAGUCCGUAGCCGUCUCCCGUGGUUUUGCUCAGAACCAGCGACGAGGAGAACCGAGCCCACUCCGUGUUCGCGUUUUCCUUCUCGCAAAAAGCAAUGUCUUUUUCGUGAGAGUGCAAACUAUCGCAGCUGAGGUGCUCAAAACUAUCGGG